GUGAUUUUAUUUUAUUUACGAUUAGUUUCGAUUAGUUUCAAUUUGGUUUUCAUUUGUAAAAAAUUGAAAAUCAGGUUCUCGAAAAAGUUUCGUUAAAAUAUAGGUGUUACCUAAUCCACAGAUGCAUGGGAGAUGUGUCCCUUCUGAUAAUUUAGCAAAGAACAAAAAUGAACAGAACUCCACAGCAGGUAGGAUGCAGUGAUUCUGGAUCGCAAGGCUAUGCACAGUGGCCUCUAAAUCCAUCAGCUUAUCAAAACACGGCAAAUGAUCAAGUUGAUUGGGCUGCAUUAGCACAGCAAUGGAUUAUCAUGAAAGAAGCCGGACCUCCAGUCCCAGAUCAAAUUGCAUCAACUGCUGUUCGUCCAUUGAUCGAAAAACAACCAAGCAAACAAAACUUAACCGAAGCUGGAGAAGCACCGAUGGACGUGGAAAACGAGAAAGAUGAACCAGUUCUUCCCCCAUGGAAUGAUAACAGUGUUUCAAGUGAUAGUUCAUGGAGUUGGAAUCAACAGCAACAACAGUGGAACUGGGCUAACACAUGGACCCCUCCUUCAGGUGUUCCACCUCCUGGUCCUCCACCUCUAAAGGCCCCAUUACUACCUACUCCCGCACCUUUUAAUCAAUACAAUUCUACAACUGAUUCGUCAGUAAAUGAAAAUUAUGGAGGUUACAGUACAGUGUCAAAUGAUUACACUACUGGCUAUUGGACAACAUCAAAUGCAGCUAAAAUAAAACCUCAUAAUAAACGUUACAGUAAAGUUAAUGUACCAAGGCCUGCACCUGUUAAUGCCCCUGAACCUGUUACUUUGGAUGCAAACAAACGUAAACAACUUCCAGCUUGGAUAAGAGAAGGAUUAGAAAAAAUGGAAAGGGACAAACAAAAAAUGCUUGAAAAGGAACGCGAACGAUUGGAAAGAGAACAACAAGUAGAAAAGACAACUGUUGAUCAAACUGAAGCUAUGGAAAUUAUAAGAUCAACAGUAAAACAAAAAGAAAGUAAAAGUAAAUUUGAGAGCGAUGAAGAGCCUUGUGAUCAUGAAAGUGAUGGUAAAAGAACUCCAGAAGUGCCAAAACUAUCCCAGGAAGACUUGGUAAGAAAUAUCUGUAAUAAAUAAUAUUCAGGUAUAUGCUAUAUCCUUUAGAUAAAAGAUAUUUUUACUUUGUACAUAAAACCCUAUCAAACUUUUGAAGUACUGUUGUUACCAACAAACAUCACUAAAUGGCGAUGUACUGCCUGUUGCUUGAUAAAUCAUUUUCCUUUUAUUUCAAUAAAUCUACUACAACGCUUGCGUUAUAAGCAGUUUUCGAAACGACAGCUAUUGCUCGACUAACAGAAGCUCUUACAUGCUAGCCGAAUUCAGUCCGGCUUUUUAAUCCAGGAUUGGACUAAUCUCUUUUAUCUGCUGUUAAGUAUCACUGGUAUCAAGUAAACAUCCGAAACAUAUAACACGGAAAGGUAUCAACACAACAAUCGCAUUCAACAUAGUGUUACCCUCCCCUACCAUCAUCUAUUAAACUUGGCAUAAAUUACAACGCUGCAGUGCUGCAGCUCUGGCGGUCUUUCAUACCCCAAAGUUUAAGGCAUCUCGAAUUGAUAAAACUAUGCAAAAACUAUAAUAGUUUCACUAGUCACAUUUAUAGAUAGGUGCAUAUCAACUUAUGCGGCCUCCUUUCUUAUUGCUUAAUUUAAAUAAUAUAAUCCUCUCAUAGUAAAAAGGUUCCCCACAUCUGGCUUAGAGCAUGCUGAUGAGAAGUGGGCAGACUAGUGA